GUUGACUAACGGUGCAAAGCACGAGCUUGUUAAUUUAAAUAUUUUAAAUCAGGCAAUUAUAUUCCGAUGGCCCUCAGGACAGGCGGUUAUAUGAUAAAGCCUCAAAGAAGAAUUCAAAUCUUCUCAUUUCAAAACUGCCAAAAAAUCAGAAACAAAUAAAGGAAAAUAUUGCAUGAUAGCUCUCUAACAUGCAAUGAUUCCAUGCAUUUCUAUGCGAUUCUUCUCAAUCUCUUCCUUGAAGUCAAAAAUCCAUACACUUACAGACCCAAAUCUCCUUUCCUUGCUAAAUCAAUGCUCCACCUUCAAACACAUGAAUCAGACUCAUGCUUUCAUGGUCUCCAGAGGCCUAGACCAAGACAACAUCCACCUCAGCAAGUUCAUCGAAGCCUGUGCUCUCUUGGGUUUCAAAGAUUACGCCCUUUCGAUCUUCACCCACAAAACCCAACCUGAUAUCUAUAUCUAUAACACCAUGAUAAAGGGUCUUUCUCAGAUGGAUUCUGCUAAAGACGCCGUACUUUUAUUCAAUAGGAUUCAGGUUGCGGACUUUCGACCUGACACAUAUUCAUUCCCUUUCGUUUUAAAGGCAGUUGUGCAGCUAUCCACUCUUGAAGUGGGGAAGGAGAUCCACAGUCAGGUAAUCCAAAUUGGGUUGGCCUCGGAAAUUCAUGUUUUGACAGGCUUAAUUCAGAUGUAUUCGGCUUGUGGAGCCAUUGCUGAUGCUCGCAAGCUGUUUGAUAGGAUGCACCAGAGAGAUGUGGUCUCAUGGAAUGCAAUGGUUGCGGGCUAUGCCAAGAUUGGCGAUGUGGAAAAUGCGCGGAUGCUCUUUGAACGGAUGCCUGAGAGGAAUGUAAUCUCUUGGACAGCAGUGAUUGCGGGUUAUGCACAGAUGAACCGGUCUAAUGAGGCGAUAGCAAUCUUCCGAAGAAUGCAGCUCACAGACAUUGAGCCAGAUGAGAUUUCCAUGUUGGCUGUGCUCUCAGCUUGUGCCCAUUUGGGUGCUCUUGAAUUGGGUGAAUGGAUUCAUAAUUAUAUAGAUAAACACCAGUUACAUAAGAUUGUUCCUCUAAUCAAUGCACUCAUCGGCAUGUAUGCAAAAUCUGGUAAGAUAGAAAAGGCAGUAGAAGUUUUUGAAAAUAUGAAACAUCGAAGUGUAAUAACUUGGACUACAAUGAUUGCUGGGCUGGCUUUACAUGGGCUUGGUGUCGAAGCUUUAGAAAUGUUCUCCCGGAUGGAAAGAGCGAGAAUCAAACCAAAUGAUGUCACCUUUAUUGCCAUCCUGUCUGCUUGUAGCCACGUUGGAUUGGUCGAUGCAGGCCGCUGGUAUUUUGAAAUCAUGAGUUCACGGUAUCAGCUCGCACCCAAAAUUGAGCACUAUGGAUGUAUGGUCGAUCUUCUUGCACGCGCAGGUUACCUGCAAGAGGCACAAGAUCUUGUGAGGGAGAUGCCGUUUGAAGCCAAUGGAGCUAUAUGGGGUGCUCUGCUAGCUGCCUCUAGAAUCCAUGGCAAUGUAGAGCUUGGGGAGCGAGCCCUGAGGCACCUCAUUGAGGUGGAGCCCCAUAACAGUGGGAAUUACACCCUUCUAUCAAAUAUAUACGCAGCCCAUGAGAAGUGGAAUGAUGUUGGCAAGCUGAGGAAGUUGAUGAGAGACAGAGGGGUGAAGAAGAUGCCAGGAGGCAGUUCUAUCGAGGUGAAUGGCACAGUUCAUGAGUUUAUUGUGGGUGACGAUUCAAAUUCAGAGUUUAAGAGGAUAUAUGAAGUUCUAUAUGAGAUUAAUCGACAGUUAAAGAUAGCGGGGUAUGUGCCAAAGAUAUGUGGCGGCCCACUCGAUUUCGAUGAGGGAUAAGGAGAUUAUUCCAAAACUGUAAUCUAUUCAAUUUCUGAUGCUACCAUACUCUACCAUGGCUAACUGGCUUUUCACUUGCCAGACAAGUAUUUUCCAACAGAGAUGAUAGUGCAACGGAUUUAUUUAUACGCAUAUCUGAAGAACGCGAUUUCUUAAUCACAUUGAGGGCAAUGGAUCAAUUGCGUGAAUUCAGUUAGGGCGGUUUCCCUUCGGCUAGUUAUAAAAUCUGAGAAUUAAGAGUUUUUUCCUGGACAGGCCUAUGUGGGCUAUUAGCUGUCAAAGAACAGAGAAAUUGUUUUCGCAGUAGCCACCGAAAUUCCGCGUCGCAAGAGCUCAGAACCCAUCGAAGGGAUGAAAUCGAUAUGGACAAACUGCUUGACAUCUACCAGUGAUGAAUUAGAAGAACCAUACAGAUCAACCAUCUUCCUCAUCAUCAGAUCAACCAUCAAUAAUGAUGGUGAUGGUACAGAUCAACCAUAAAUGACACCUUGUAGAUUACAUUCCCAAUCAGUUCAUAAGCUUGUAUGGAGCCAUUACACACCUUGACAUGUUGCCAUGUGAAUUCUACAGCAUGCAAGAUCUUGGGGUUGCAGGGGGAGUAAUCCAAUUUCCGUAUUGACGGCACUAAUCCACAUCAUAAGCGGUUCAUAAAUUGAAUUUUACUUUAGUGUGCAUUUGGUUGCACCAAAUAUCAUGAAAUUUCAUGAUAUUUGGUCCAACCAAACACACCCUUAUACACAUGUAGAUGCUUGAUGCAUAACAUCAGUAAAGAAGACAGACAUUGGGUCACA